AUGCAAGCAUUGAAGGAGAAUCGUCCCGCUGUUAUGUGGUCGGUUCUGAUCUCCAUGACUAUUAUUAUGGAAGGAUACGAUACCAUCCUCAUGGGCAAUUUUUUUGCGUACCCCUCAUUCAAGGAGAAAUUUGGAAGCUAUUAUGGUGGAACUGAAGGAUGGCAGGUCAAUGCGCCCUGGCAGACGGGCCUGGGCAUGGCAAGCACGGUUGGAUGCAUCUUCGGUGGACUUCUUAACGGCUAUCUUGCAUCCAAGUACGGUUACCGAUGGGUGAUGAUUAUCGCCUUGGGCUUUAUUAAUGUCUUUAUCUUCAUCGUAUUCUUCGCUACUGGAGACGUAAUGCUACUUAUUGGAGAAUUUCUCUGCGGUCUAUCUUGGGGCGUGUUCGCUACACUAGCUCCUGCAUAUGCAUCCGAAGUCUGCCCAACCAAUUUGCGUGGUUAUUUGACGACCUACGUGAACUUGUGUUGGGCCACCGGGCAAUUCAUCGCUUCUGGUGUCUUGCGGGGCUGUCUUCCAAUUGCGGGAGCCACUUCAUGGAAAAUACCCCUUGCCGUACAAUGGAUAUGGCCCAUUCCACUUAUGGUUGUUUGCUGGUUGGCUCCAGAAAGUCCUUGGUGGCUUGUCCGCAAUGACCGCAUCGAGGACGCCCAGCGCUCUAUCACCAGACUCAGCAAUAACAAGACAGAACAUCAGAUACAUGCCCAGGUUGCCAUGAUGCUGCAUACAGCUAAGACGGAAUCCGAAGUCACCAGGGGAGCGACAUAUGCCGAUUGUUUUAAGGGUGUGAAUCUACGACGUACCGAGAUUGUCUGCGUCGCUUUCUGUGGCCAGAUCCUAUCGGGAAGCACUUUCUCCUACACACCAACCUAUUUCUUCACUACGGCCGGAAUGGACAGUGCUGAUGCGUUUGAUCUCGGUCUUGGAGCAACAGCUGUGGCCUUUAUUGGGGUAAUUCUGUCUUGGUGGUUGAUAACCUGGUUCGGAAGACGAGCGAUUUACGUGACUGGCAUGGCGUGUCUGACCGUCAUCUUGAUGCUCAUCGGUAUCUUGAACGUUUCGGCGGGCAAACAUGCGCUCUGGCCAUCAGGAGGACUCUGUGUCUUGUGGCUAUUCAUCUACUCUUUGACUGUCGGUCCAAUUGCUUACAGUAUCAUAUCCGAGACAUCAUCUACCCGCUUGCGACCCCUCUCCGUUGUUCUUGCUCGUACUACAUAUCAGAUUGUGAAUGUCGUUUCGCAAGUCUUGGAGCCCUAUAUGAUGAAUCCGACAGCCUGGAACCUCUUAGGCAAAACAGGCUUCGUCUGGGGCUCCACAGCCUUCGUUAUGGUCGUAUGGUCGUACUUCCGCCUACCUGAGAUGAAAGGCCGAACUUAUGAGGAGUUGGACAUCUUGUUCACUAACAAGGUCUCUGCCCGGAACUUUUCUAAGACGAAGGUAGAUGCAUAUGCUUCAUCAUCGAGGGAGGAGUUUGUGCAUGCCGACGUCAAGGAAUAG